AUGUCGCCCAACUACGCUUACCAAUUUCCAAUUGAAAUAUUCUCUCUAAACAACAUUCAGAUGGCCAUUCUGAUAUUAGGACUAAUGGAGUUCAUCUUGCUAAACUUGGUAAUCGACACGAAAAAAAUUUACAACUUCCUAGGAUUUCACUCCUCCGCCCGAUCUCAACUGAUGACAGCUGAUGAUUCUAAGACCAAAAGCAUGGAUUUCACACCAUCCACCGGGAAGGAAAAUAGAGCUGACAAAAUUUUGAGAAAAGGAGAUAUCGAUGUCGUUUUAAGCAGCUUAGAAUUGUCGUUCGAUUCUGAUGAAGGAAGAUUUCCAGCAGUCCUGGGUGAAAAUGACCUUUCUACCCUUUUCGAAGUAAAAGAUCCCAACUUGGAUGAGGUUAAGCAAGCUUUUGAUGUGUUUGAUAGUAAUAAAGAUGGUUUUAUUAAUGGAACUGAGUUGCAAAAGGUUCUGUGUGCUCUGGGAUUAGAGGAAGGAUUAGAGAUGGAAAGUUGCAGUAGAAUGAUUGGGGUAUUUGACCAAAAUGGUGAUGGGAAGAUAGAUUUUGAUGAAUUUGUAAAAAUCAUGCAUUUAUGUUGA